AGUGUUUCUUAGAUUUGUGCACGGUUUAUCUGUUUGCUCCGCUAUGUCUACGCGACGUGUGCUGCUGUUGGCGCUCCUCAUUCUUGGACCCGUCAAUGCCCGGUUGACAGAGACGCAGAAACGAGAGAUCCUGCAAUAUCACAAUGACUUCCGGAACAACGUGUAUCCAAAGGCUGCCAACAUGGUGAAACUGUCAUGGGAUGACGACCUGGCCCGCAAAGCUCAGGACUGGGCCGACUCCUGCGUCGACGGACACAACAACGUCAAGUCGAACAGUCGAUGGGAUUGGAUCGGGGAGAACAUGGCCUACAGUACGGCGACAGAUCUGAGGGGGAUGGUGAAGGGAUGGGAAAUGGAGGGGAAAAUCUACGAUUAUGGGAGCGACUACUGCAGGACUGUACCAGGGGAUCCCAUGAAGUCAUCAUGCGGCCAUUACACACAGAUGGUUUGGGCCAACACCAAGUUCCUCGGCUGUGGCUUCAAGACAGGUUGUCCGGGCUACUUCUCCAACCGCCUCGUCUGCAACUAUGGAGAGGGGGGCAAUUGGAUCGGUGAAAAGCCGUACGAAAGCGGAGGCAAGUGUAGUCGGUGCCCAAAAGGAUACAAACGUUGUAAUAGGCGAUUGUGCGUCCGUGGAUAGACGAUGCUGACGGAACCUCAUUCAAUGAAUCACGAGAAUAAUGAUGGAUAGGUAUAUCACAGCACAAAGCCACCACUUUAUUAGCAUAGAAGUAUAAUGCAUGUUUCAGCCAUUAAAUUUUGUCGUUUUCAAUAAGUGAAGAAUUAUAGUUGAUAUCUGUUCUGUAAAACUAGGCCCA